GUGUCGCUCGCGCGGCCGUCAGCGACGAGUUGUAGCCGGCGGUCAUUCUCCGCGGCCCCCUUCGCGCCGCCGUCGCGUUCUCCUCCGCGCAGGCGUCGACAUGUCGUCCUCGUCGUCCUCGAGCUUGCUUGCAACAUGGCGCGCCCAUGGUGCUCGCCCAUUUGCUCGCAAGAGUUCCUCAUAUGAUUCAUCGGAUGACGAGUUCGACCAAGAAGAAGAGGAGAACAUAUCGAUACUAUUAGCAUACCGCGCCGUUAAGAGGCCAAAAUUUGGUGGAUCGGUGUUCGGUAGACAGAAGUUGUGGAGAGAAAGGAUUGAAGGGCAUGAGAAGUUGAUGCGGUCGUAUUUCAAUGAGAAUCCGAUUUUCCCCGAAAGCUAUUUUCGGCGGCGUUUCCGGAUGAGUCUCAACUUGUUCAGGCACAUUGCAACGGAGGUCACCAAAUAUGAUCGUUUCUUUGAGCAAAGGAGGAAUGCCGCCGGAGAACUUGGUCAUAGCACAUAUCAAAAGGUGACCGCCACCUUGCGUAUGUUGGCAUAUGGUAUACCGGCGGAUCUUAUUGAUGAUCAUUUGGCCAUGGGAGAGAGCACUUCUAUCUUGUGUGUGAAGCGCUUUGUCGUUGCAAUUGUCAAUGUCUUUGGCUCCACAUACUUGAGAGCCCCCAAUGCUCAAGACACGGCAAGGCUUUUGGAGAUCAACGCCAACCGGGGGUUUCCCGGUAUGCUUGGUUCCAUUGAUUGUAUGCAUUGGAGUUGGAAGAAUUGUCCAGCGGCAUGGCAUGGACAAUUCAAAGGCUACAAGAAGGAUGCCACCAUAGUACUUGAAGCGGUGGCCGACCAAGAGACUUGGAUAUGGCAUGCUUUCUUUGGAAUGCCCGGAUCUUGCAAUGACAUCAAUGUUCUUCAACGGUCACCACUAAUGAUAAGACUUGCAAUGCGGGAAGGUCCAUUGGUGGAGUUUGAAGCAAAUGGCCACAAGUACAACUAUGGCUACUUCCUCGCCGACGGCAUAUAUCCAAGGUGGCAAACAUUUGUGAAGCCAAUUAUUCAACCAAGAGGUAAAAAGCAAACUCAAUUCCACAAUGCACAAGCGGCGGCUAGGAAAGAUGUAGAGAGAGCAUUUGGGAUUUUGCAAGUCCAAUUUGCCAUUGUUAGAGGACCGGCUAGAUUUUGGGAUCAAGAAUGCCUUUGGUAUAUCAUGACCGCUUCUCCCUCUCCCUCCGCCAGGGGGAGAACCCUAGCCGCUGCCACCACCCGCUCCCACCUCUCCCCCCAUCCUCCCUCGCCGCCGCCAUGGGGCGCGGCCAGGCAAAGCCUGGUCGACGUCGGUGGCGGGGAUCUCUCUCGCCGCCUCGUCUUCUCUAUGGAGAGAGGGAGUGGUGCAGGCGUCGGGCACCUCGGCGGGGCGGCUCACCGGCGCGUGGGUGUAGCAGCCGCGCGGCGGCGGCAACUCCGGCCGUUCACGGCGGUCGGAGGUUAG